AUGAAGUUCAACGCCAUCCUCCUCCUCGCCGCGGCCGCCUUUAGCCCGGUCUUCUCUGCCGCCGUCUCCGAUGCCGCCACUGAAUGUGGCAGUCUCGGCGUCAUGUCGCUCGACGGCGUCGCCGAGGGCGUCGAUCCCGCCAGCGUCCGCAAGUGUGCCGAACAUCCCCUCGGCAACACCCCGAACGUUGAGAGUUCAUCUUCGUCUUUCGCGCCUGUGGACGACUCUAACGACACUACGACCGAACUCGGCCUCGAGAAGAGAGCUUGCUGGUGGGGCGCUGAAUACGGCUGCACGGACGGAUAUUGCUGGAAGACCUGCGGCGCGGCUGGCAGUGGCAAGUGGUGCUGGACUGCUUCCAACUCUGACGGCUCCGGCCCGUGGUACACGUGCAGCACCUACAGGAACUGCAACAUGGGUAUGGCUUGCGGCACCGGCAAGAACUGCGACUCCUGUGGUUGCAGCUGCUGA